AUGGGAGACAGCGCAGAUAAGAGCCAGUAUGGCUCAGCCACCGGCAAUGGGAAAAAACAGAUUUUGCUUAAUGCUUUUGACAUGUCGACCGUGGGACACCUAUCCCCUGGACAAUGGAAGAAUCCCAAAGACAAGUCAGCGACCAAGCGAACACUCGGCUACUGGAUAGAUUUGGCGAAAUUAUUGGAGCGCGGUGGAAUCAACGCAUUGUUCCUGGCAGAUACAACUGGAGGGCACGAUACCUAUGAAGGCAAAGUGGACGAGUGUAUUCGGCGCGCGGCGCAAUGGCCCGUGACGGACCCGACUAUCCCCAUUUCGGCAAUGGCUGCAGUAACAAAGAAUCUGGCGUUUGGCAUCACGGCCUCGACUUCAUUUGAGCAGCCAUUUUUGCUGGCCAAGCGCUUUUCAACUUUGGACCAUUUGACCAAUGGUCGACUGGGUUGGAACAUCGUGACCUCAUAUAAGAAAGCGGCGUUCAAAGCGAUUGGUCUGGAUACGCCGAUUGAGCAUGACGAACGGUACCGCCAGGCAGAUGAGUAUUUGAGGGUGCUUUAUAAAUUGUGGGAGGGUUCCUGGGCUCCUGACGCGCUGUCGCCCAACCCCGAAACAGACACGUAUAUAGACCCGGAGAAAGUCCGCCAGAUCAACCACAAGGGCAAAUACUUCUCAUUGAGCACACGGCACAUCGUCGACCCAUCUCCGCAGCGGACGCCAUUCCUUUUCCAAGCAGGGACUUCGCCUGCAGGAUCGGAAUUUGCUGCAACCCAUGCGGAGGCAAUCUUUGUCUCUUCCCAUUCCCCAGAGGUGUUGCGGCCGAAUAUUGCAAGAAUCCGCAAGUUAGCCGCAGAAAAGGGCCGUGAUCCACAGUCAAUCAAGUUCUUUGGUACCUUCACACCCAUUGUAGGCGAGACAGACGAAGAGGCGUGGGCGAAGUACGAGGAGCUAAAGAAGUACGCCUCGGUGAUUGGAGGACUGGUUCUUUUCAGCGGAUGGACGGGUAUCGACAUUUCCAAAAUCCCAUUGGAUCAAGACAUCACGGCUGCUGACUCGCUGGAGGCAAACAAAAUCACGAGCUUGCUUGAUUCAUUGCUCACGACUAGCAAGGAUAUCCCGCGCUGGACACCUCGCGUAGUUGCUGAGAGGGCUGCAAUCGGUGGUCUUGGUCCGGUGGCUAUUGGAAGCCCUGCUACGGUUGCCGAUGAGAUGGAACGCUGGAUCCGAGAGGCUGACCUCGAUGGGUUCAAUCUUGCCUAUGUUACCACGCCUGGCACCUUUGAAGAUGUGGUAGACCUGCUCAUCCCUGAGCUGAGGCGACGUGGUAUUUAUCCUGAGCUUCCAGACCCCUCAGAGCCAUCUCUCACAGCCCGUGAGAAGAUAUUUGGCAGGGGACAGAAAGAGCUCAGGGCUGAUCAUACUGGAAGCAAGUACAAAUAUGAUGUGUAUCAGGAGGAGGAACCUUAUGUUGCCGGUGCCGAGGGAAAUUGA